GGUUAUAGAACAACGUCAACCGUGAACUAGCAUCUAUGAGAUCCAGAGGAUCUACAUCCUCUCUUUUGUCUAUCAACCUUUCCCCAGGGUCACUUCACGGUCCAUUGUCAAACAAACUACCGCAGCCCAAACACUACGCCACCCAAAGUCCAAAACCCGACGAUAGUAAAACAUCAUGGAUUCACAUUAUCGCACUCGAAUUUGCGGCAUGGAUAUCUUCGCAUAAAGAUACUGUACGACCGGAGCCCACCCAAAGUUCAAAAGGCGGUUCGAAUCGGUGGGUUCACUAUACCGCACUUGGGUUAUGGAGAGAUGCUUCGCAGGACCAAAUCAAACGAAGGUACUACGAGCUGAGCAAGAAACACCAUCCUGACGUCUCUCAAGAUCCAAGUUCUCCCGAAACUUUCAGGAAGGUUACAGAGGCUUAUGCUGUGCUUGGAAACAAGAAGGCUCGACGGAAAUAUGAUCAAUCUGAGCAGCUGCAUUCCGCCCUCGUCACAGGAUUGCUAGAUGAAUGGUCGGGGCGGCCAUCCGCAUCUUCACCGCGCCCACUUGAUCCCACUUUCUGGGACCCAGUCAAGUUAGGCUCAUCUACGUUUUACCGUCCGCCUCCUGGAUACUGGACGGCGAUGAACAGGAUCAGGCGAGAUAGGGAGAAGGAGAAGUCAAAUGCUCAGGAAGUUCCAUCUUCUCCCCAGACAGUCACGCCCUCUCACGACAGAACGGAAGGAAAUGAGAAAAGCAAUGAGAAAACCGAAUCUAAAGAAACGUUCAUCAUCGUUGCUUCCCUCGUGUUUGUUGCGAUCUGGGAAGGGCAGGAGUGGAUACUUGGAUGUACCAGGGCUUUCCUCACCCGACUGCAACAGAACUACGAGAGUGAAAGCAGCGCACCGCAGAGACACAUGGAAGAUACUAUGUCGCAGGCUACUGAUGCUUGA